AUUCAUUCAAUAUAUCGUCGUACUUGUUAUUGAUUUGUACAUUUCCAUUCAAAUUAUCCAGAGUUCGACGUUCGUGUUUUUUUUGGCUCAGUCUUCAAUAAGUCAACGCGAAUCGCGAUAAAAUCGAUUUACGAUGAUCCAAUGCGGUUAACAAUCACCGUAUAGAUUUCAUGCCAAAUUCAUCCAAGUUAAUAUGUUUUUUUCCUGUCUUUUGAGUGGGUAGAGCGUUAUGUGAUGCGUCGCUUUAUCACCAAAUAUGGGCUUCCAUUUCAAUUGCCGGCUGAUAUAGAAUGUUUCGAGAACAUACACAAAACGGCCAUAUCACGACUAUUUUCGGUAUGCGAGAAUUUGCGAAUGGAAUGAUUAAAUUUGGAAUUUGGAUGUGGAACACUUCAUUUUUGAACCGUCGAUGAGAACAACGUUUUAAUUAUAAUGUAAUGACAGAAUAUGUCAGACAGAGAUACUCAUUUGGGGCAUACAAGAGCGAACAGGUCACAUUCCAUUUUUAUGAUCCUGAAUUUUUAGCAAAUGACAAAAAACUACUCAAUGAAUAUUUUCCCACACAUAAUUCGAAGCCUACUAAACUAGUUGAUUCACGCAUUGUUGCCUGUGCCUUUUUGUCAAUCAAAAUGAUUUGUAGAUCCAAAUGGACGCUCACCAUAGACAAAUACGCGGCUAGAUAUGAUAUGUAUUCGUCAUCGGUUAUUAUGAAUGCGUAGGAACCAACUUUUCGUCAUAGUCAUUUCACUGACGGAGAUUUUGACUUGUAAAAAUUUGUCUGUAAACGUACGAUUUUGUUUCAUGCCUGAUUAUGCCGGUAUUAUGACCAGAAAACACCGUCACCAUCGCCAGCCAAUGACAGGUUUGUAUUGGUACAGCAGAAAAAAACCUAUCUGAAUAUCGAUUCAGCAGUUACAACAUUUCUUUUCUGAACUUUCUGAGUUACAACAUUAGUUGAUCAACACGAUAAACUUCAAACAUGUGUGCCGCCAAAGUGUAACGGCUCGAUAAAAUCGAUUGUCACAUACCGAUCAAAAUCCAAUUAGCGAUUUCACCGUGAAGCCGAUUAAAAUGAACAAAGUGCUCAAUUAUACUUGCAAAUGGAUUGUGUGUUAAAUUCGAUCAAAUCUGAAUCGCCGGCAUUUACGAGGAAAUAGACUCAUUAGAAUUAAUCGAAUAAUGAAAUAAAAAAAAAACUUCCUCAAAUAUUAACAUAUUUGUUACACAUGUUUUCGAUAUUGUGGGCGUUCGUCUACCGAUCUGUAAUUUCGAUCAUAGUAGAUCAUAUUUUUAUAAAUAGCCGCAAUAAUCAUCUUGGCAUUAAGAAAUGAUGCUCAUGCACGAAAAGAUGAACAAUUUCACAAUGCAGAUUCGUCUUUCUCGCUCGUUCUCUCGAAAUGAGAAAUUAUUAAUUGCUCGUGAAUCCUUUGUAUUUAAUGAGUUUUUCUUCAUUUAAGUCAAGCGACCGUCGUUCGCUCGCCGAAUACAGAGAAAAUAAAGGUAGGCACAUCGGGCCGAACAUACAGACAUUGUUUCGUUAUAUUGAAUAAAGAUAUGCGCGACACAUACACAUUCGCUAGCCGAAGAGCGCAACAUCCGCUCGCCGCAUCGUGUGCCUCAAUCCAAUCAAGUCUGUGUUAUUGUUGUUGCUAUUCCGCGAUACGUUCGUGUCUAACGGACUGCGUGCACACAACGUUUCUAUGGGUAUAUUUAAAUGGAAUCGCGUUGCGUCUGCGACAGUAUUCAGUCAACAAUCACACGGUUUACAACGCAAAAAAGUGCUUUUCUACCAUACCGAAAUCCGCGCUCCAAGUCAAUCGAUCAAAAUUUAAUUAUAUAAUUAAAACAAUCGGUUUUUAUUGUUUUGUCAGUCAAAAGUGAUCGAUUUUUUCCGCAAGUGAAUAACUCACACUUGACAAAUUAUCUACGAAAUAUAUAAAAAAAAGUUCUUUUGUUGUUUGAAAUUUUUUUCCCCCUUGAUAACGCAUCAAAAUGGCUGAAAGUGCAAAGAGAAAUAUUCCAAUUGCAAGAGGAGAUUUCAGUGUCAUCGAUACAGAAUUCGCCAGCAUUCGUGAGCGUUUCGAUUCGGAAAUGCGCAAAAUGGAAGACGAGAUGUCCAAAUUCCGUUCAGAUUUAAUGAAUCGCGAAGCAAACUACUAUGAAACAUCCACCAGCUCAAGCUCAACUAAAAAAGUAACAACGACCAGCAGCAGUAAUUGCAAAGGAGAAACGAUCAGCAGCUCAUCAACAAGCAACAAUCAAAGCAUCACAAACAACUCGUCGUCGGCAUUGUCACCACUUAGAACACAAAUCCCAAAACAUAACUACAUUUCAGAUCUUAACUCACCAUUGAUUCAGGAUGAAGGUGACGGCAAAGUAUUGAAAUUGCGUUUUGAUGUUAGCCAAUACGCACCAGAAGAAAUCGUUGUUAAGACCGUCGAUCAGAAAUUAUUGGUUCACGCCAAGCACGAAGAGAAAUCGGACACAAAGAGCGUGUACAGAGAGUACAACCGUGAAUUUUUGUUGCCGAAAGGAGUGAAUCCAGAACAAAUCCGAUCAUCACUUAGCAAAGAUGGUGUAUUGACAGUUGAUGCUCCACUUCCACCAGCAUUGACUGGCGGCGAAAAAUUAAUACCAAUUGCACACUAAAACGUAUGAUCCCAAGUCAAAACAGAGAGAAAAAAAAACACACACACAUUUUAAUUCUUAUUUUGUACUUUCCGCUAUUUGUUUCUGUUUAUUUGUUAAAAUGAUCAAAAUUCAGCAGUUAUCAUACAAAAAUCAAAACAAACAAAAUUUCCUGAAACAAUUUCGAUUUUUGUUCUUCUUUCAACGAUCCUAACACUAGCUAUUAAUCGUUUACGUUUUUAAGUAAAAUUGGUUCAAAACAAAUGGACAUACAAUCAUCAUAAUAAUUUAAUAAUUUUUACGAUUAAUAAAUUCUGUUUUAAUUUUACAAUCGCCGUUCGGAUAAUGAGUUGAAUAAAACAUUUCAAAUUUUCUUUUUUCCACACACACAUAGA